AUGGCGCCUGCUAUGCUCGAGAUGCCCAAUGUGGCCGAGGAUUUCCACGACCACAAGGACGGCCUCGCCUUGGAGGCCACUUCAGAUGCUGUCGAUGAGGUCAACGUUCUCAAGGCCGCCAUGCGCGUAAAGAACGGCACAGCCACGCAGGAAGAAGUGGACAUUUACGAAAAAUCACAAUUCGACUCCGAGAAAGAUAAGACACAAUUCCGCCAAUAUGAAGACGCAUGUGACCGCGUCAAGAACUUUUACCGCGAGCAACAUGAGAAGCAGACCGUCGCCUACAACCUCAAAGCCCGCAACGACUUCAAAUCCAAGACACGUGCCGAAAUGACCAUCUGGCAAGCAAUGGAGAAACUCAACACGCUCAUCGACGAAUCAGACCCAGACACCUCCCUCUCACAAAUCGAGCAUCUCCUUCAAUCUGCCGAAGCCAUCCGCCGGGAUGGCAAACCCCAAUGGUUCCAACUCACAGGUCUCAUCCACGAUCUUGGCAAGCUCCUCUUCUUUUACGACGCUCGUGGUCAAUGGGAUGUUGUGGGCGACACCUUCCCCGUAGGUUGCCGUUUCGAUGAAUCAAUCAUCUACCCCGGCACAUUCGAGAGUAACCCAGACUCCAAAGACUCCAUCUACAGCACCGAGCACGGAAUCUACACUCCAGGCUGCGGAAUGGACAACGUUAUGCUUUCAUGGGGACACGAUGAGUACCUCUAUCACAUCUGCAAAGAACAGAGCACUCUCCCCGAUGAGGCACUCGCUAUGAUUCGUUAUCAUUCAUUCUACCCUUGGCAUAGCGCUGGGGGUUACAAGUGGAUGAUGAACGAGAAGGACUCGAAGAUGUUGGAGGCUGUCAAGGCUUUCAAUCCUUAUGAUCUGUAUAGCAAGAGUGAUGAUAUUCCCAAAGUGGAAGAUUUGAAGGAGUACUAUGUGGGGUUGAUUAACACUUUCUUCCCACCUAGAGAGGGCGAGGAGAUGCGUGUGUUGAAAUGGUGA